AUGUCGACGUUGGAGUCAUGCACAGAUGCGCUGCUGCAGCAGAAGGUGGUGCAGGCCAGCAACUACGAGCGACUGGAGUCUCGACUGAUGGAGAUGGAGCGUGCGAAGCGGUCCCUCUUCUUUGGGUUGAAGGAAAUCAUCACAGAUGUGGAGCGCCGUCGGCAGGACUUUGGCGAAUUGCAGGAGGAGAGUGCGAGGCUACAGCAGCAGCUACAGCAAGGCUAUGUGAAGUUCAGCGCACUUGCAGCGUUCAUGGGCGAGGAACAGAAAAAAUCCAUUCGUCUGCAAGAUGCGCUUGAAAGUUCUACAACCGCAUGGACCGGGUGUCCGGCACGCGCGGCUUUUCUGCUUCGAGCGCUGCAGGAGCGUAACGCAUUUUGUCGUCAGAUGGUGGAUGUUGUCAAAGCACUCAAUCGUGUACGUGCUCUGGUGGAGGUGGUGCAACGCGUGGACGCCGCAAAAGGCCUUCUGAAAGAGCGACUGGAGCGUCUCGGAGCCGAGGCGGAGCGGCUGGACGGUAUGCUGCGUGAGAGUCACAAGGCGGAGGAAAUGCUACAAGGGGAAUUGCAGGGACGCACUAAUGCGGCACAGGCUGACGCCGCGCGUGUGUGGUUGAUUUUUCAAGAGAAGGAACGUCAGUUACUGGCGCUUGAGGCGGCGUUGGCGGCGGCGCGUUUGUCGGUUUCUGCAGGGGAAGAAUUUAACGCCACGUACAGAAUGGCGUUGCAGGCAGCCUUAUCUAUGGCCGACGCGUGCUUAGACAGGCGGGAUCGCAUGGCGGUUGUUUCAACGUUCCGUGCAUGUCCUGUGCGCCUUGGGGCGGAAGAACGUCGCUGCUGUGGAGACGCGAACUCGCUUACUGACAGAUGUCUUGACAGAUCGUGUCACGGCGUUGGUCGGGAGGCGGGAAUGUGUCAUCGCGCAGCGUGA